AUGGGAAAGGCAAGAAGAGCCUACGAGCUAGAGAUCACAAAGAUCCUGGCCAAAACCAUGCAAAAUAGCUACAGGAAGAAGCAAGUUGAAGAAUUGAUAACGAGGAUCUUCCAAAAAAUGCAGACGAUAAUUGGGCCUUCCAAGAAUCAUGAGGAGUUGGAAACAUUAAAGUCGGAGUUUCAUCUACUAAAACAAGAAGCAUACUCUCUUAUGAAGACUUGA